AAGCUCUACCCACUCGGCUACCACUGUCCCUUCAAUUAUGCAAAGUUAGGGAGAGCACUGGAUCACAGCACAAUGUCAGGAGGUGAAGGUGACCAGGCUGCAGCAAUGGCUGGACCUGAAAAAGACUACGCUCCAUUGAUCUUGGAGGAAUGUGAAAAAGAGGAGGAACCUCUCAGUGUGGUACUAGGACGAAAGCUAAAAAAACAGUGUUCCUGUAGCCCGGCUCAAGCCAAAGCUCUACUUUUCAACUCCGUACCCAUCCUGAAAUGGCUGCCACAUUAUCAGAUCAAAAACUGGCUCCUGGGUGACCUGAUGUCUGGACUUCUUGUCGGUAUUCUGCUGGUUCCUCAAUCUAUUGCUUACUCGCUGCUGGCAAGCCAGGAUCCCAUCUAUGGGCUCUACACAUCCUUCUUCUCCAGCAUCAUCUAUGCCCUGCUUGGCACAUCUAGGCACAUUUCGGUGGGGAUCUUUGGAGUGCUGUGCUUGCUGGUGGGCCAGGUGGUGGACAGAGAGCUGGCCUUGGCUGGGUAUCUUGCAGACAAGCAGGUAAACCUCACCAGUCUGGAGAACAGCACAAUGCCAGACUGUGAUCGUAGCUGCUACGCCAUCAUCGUAGGGGCUACUGUCACCUUCACAGCUGGAGUGUACCAGGUUCUAAUGGGUCUCCUUCAGGUCGGCUUUGUCUCAGUCUUCCUCUCCGACUCUCUCCUGAGUGGUUUUGCCACCGGUGCCUCUCUCACCAUCCUCACCUCCCAGCUGAAGUACCUUCUUGGCUUAAAAAUUCCUCGUGCCCAAGGUUGGGGAUCACUGAUAAAAACCUGGAUCAGUUUGCUGAAGAACCUGGGCCAAACCAACAUAUGUGACCUCAUUACCAGCAUUAUCUGCCUGCUGGUGCUGGUGCCCACCAAAGAGCUGAAUGACCGAUUUAAAUCAAAGCUUAAAGCACCAAUUCCCUUUGAGCUUUUUGUGGUCAUCAUUGCCACUCUGGCCUCCCACUUUGGUCACUUUCAGGAGAAGUUUGGAUCAGAAGUGGCCGGCGCUAUUCCUACAGGCUUCAUGCCUCCUCAGCUGCCAGCCUGGAAUCUCAUACCCAACAUUGCAGUCGAUGCCUUUUCAAUAGCCAUCAUCGGCUUUGCAAUCACUGUGUCUUUGUCCGAGAUGUUUGCACAAAAGCAUGGCUAUGUGGUGGAUCCUAACCAGGAGAUGUACGCUAUCGGGUUCUGCAAUAUCUUUCCGUCCUUUUUCCGCUGCUUCACCACCAGCGCUGCCCUCACCAAAACUCUGGUAAAGGAGUCCACUGGGUGCCAGACUCAGAUUUCCGGUCUGAUUACUGCUCUCGUGCUUCUGCUGGUGCUACUGGUCAUCGCUCCUGUCUUCUACUCAUUACAAAAGUGCGUGCUGGCUGUCAUCAUCGUGGUGAACCUGCGGGGUGCUCUAAGGAAGUUCCAGGAUGUUCCACAAAUGUGGCGUACAAACCGCAUCGAUGCUUUGAUCUGGCUGAUCACCAUGGCUACAUCAGCAUUAGUAAACACCGAGCUGGGCCUGCUGGUGGGUGUGCUGGUGUCGGCCUUCUGUGUGCUGGGUCGUACGCAACGUGCCCGAGCCCUCGAGCUAGGACAGGCUGGCCACCGAGAGCUUUUCAAAGAGCUUUCGACUUAUAAGGGCCUUCAGACCCAGCAUGACAUUGCUGUGUUCCGCUACGGGGCUCCAAUCUAUUAUGCCAACCAGACAUUGUUUAAGAAGUCUUUGUACAAUAGUGUGGGUCUGCAUCCGCAGAAUGAGAAAACCAGGCAAAAGAAACUAGAGAACGAGAGGAAGAAGAAGGAAAUGGCGGAGCAUGAAGUAUCCACUCCUGUGUUCGUCCCUUCUGUUCAUACGCUCAUCCUCGACUGCAGUGCUGUGGUAUUUCUGGAUACAGCAGGGGUCGGUGCUCUGAAGGAGGUCUAUAAGGAAUAUAAGAAGUUAGGAGUGAGGUUGUUGUUAGUGCAGUGCAACACAUCUGUGAUCCAUUCACUGCGCAGGGGUGGUUAUUACGAUCCAAAGACGGGGAGCAACGAGCUCAUUUUUCACACUAUUGGUGAUGCUGUGUGUUAUGCCAAAAACGUGCCAUCACAGAAUGGCAACUGUGAGACUUCCUGCUGA